GAGGGGGGGGGGGAGCGGCGCCAUGUUGCGGGGAUUGUGUGGCCGCUUCAUCCCGGCCUCCAGAGCCGUGGCCCAUGGCCGCCCAGUGCUGACCAGCUCGCACAGGUGGCAGGAGGACACAGGGAGAGAUGGCAGCUCCUCACAGCCUGAACCCACAGCAACGGCUCCCGGCUUCAGUAUUCUGCCCCCAAUGCCGGGUGAGGACAGCCCUCUGCGCUGGGGUGGCAGAAAGUACGAAGAGCUGCCCAUAGCCCACGUCAAAGCAACGUAUAACAACACCCACAUCCAGGUGACGAGCCACCAAGGGGAGUAUGUGGUGCGCACUUCCUGUGGAACGGAGGGCUUCAAGAAUGCGAAGAAAGGCACCCCGAUCGCAGCCCAGACGGCCGGCAUCUCAGCAGCAGUGAAAGCUGCUGUUAAAGGUGUUUCCUUUGUGCGAGUGCAGGUGAAGGGGCUGGGCCCCGGCCGGACGUCUGCCAUCAAAGGUCUUGCGAUGGGUGGCCUGCAGGUUGUUUCAAUCACAGACAACACUCCCAUACCUCACAACGGCUGUCGACCACGCAAGGUCCGCAGGAUGUGAGGCGGUUCCUCACCCCCUCAGCUAAACACUGACUACGUCACACAGAGACAGCGGCUUCUGCUCUAACGUUCCCGUGUAAAUCUGUCUCAGAGUGUACACAACAAUAAAACCUGACUGUCUACUGGG